AUGUCGUUUCAACUUUUAGAGAUUAAUUUGGUGUCGGCGCGGGACCUGGAGGCGCUGUCCAAGUCAAUGCAGACGUACGCCGUUGCUUGGCUCCACCCGGAGCGCAAAUUGUUGACACGUAUCGACAGAGACGGCCACACGAGCCCCAUGUGGAACGAGAAAUUCUUGUUCCGCGUCGACAACAAGUUCCUCAACGCCGACGACUCCGCCGUGAUGAUCGAGAUAUACGCUUCGUCGUGGAUACGCGACACCCUCAUCGGCGUCGUUCGUGUUCUGAUUAGUAGUCUCCUCCCUCCCUCGUCUCUCACCGCCGAAGGGAGAUCCAAAAAGCGGUUCGUGGCGCUUCAGGUAGCCCGCCCCUCCGGCCGGCCAAAAGGGAUUCUCAACGUCGGCGUCGCGCUUAUCGACAGCACCUUGGGGAGCAUGUCGAUGAUAUACAGCGAGCUCAGCGAAUCGGCGGCUGAGAAAAACGAGCGACCCAAGCCCAUCCAGCGCAAGCGCUCCUUAAGCGAAGGAUCCGAUAUUUUCGGCGAAGGAUUAGCUAUGAAAAUGAGCUCCAUAUACGACGACCAUGGCGGGACGGUGCAGUCCUCCGAUGUGGGACAACUGGUCACUGCGGCGGUGGGGAAGGAGUUGCGAUUGAAAUCUGUGGAGGAUGAUCAGCCGGGGAGCUCUCUGUGGGAUGAAUGGUCGGAGGAUAGUAGCAUGGAAGGACUGAAGACGAAGAUCGCAAGGUGGCAGAUGACGCUUCCGCCGAUAUACGACAACGAGUACAAAAAAUUUGGGUCGUCGAUCAAAAAGCGAAGCGGGCACCGGCGUAGCCGCUCCGCCGGCGGCGGGCUGUUUUCGUGCUUCGGAAAUGCUUAUGGGUUUGAGUUUUCGAUUGCGUGUGGUGGCGGCAUUAGAAAGAAGAAGAUUGACGGCAGCAAGGUUCAUCUGAUUAGCGCAUCGGAAAUUACUUUUUGA